UUCGCAUCCCAGCCUGUCCUACUGCCCCACUCUUGCCACUGUGGCUGGAUACCAGGGCACUACAGGCACAUGCCGUCCCUGUGGUAUGCACAGCUGCGGCCCCUAAGGGGGAAGGGGAAGGGAGUGGCAGGCCAGGGGGUUUUCUGCCGCCGCCCCCCAUUUGCCUGCAGAUGCAGUGACCCACACAGCUGGCCCACAGCUCCCUUGGCAGGAACAGGAACAGCAACAGCAUGGGGCAGGGACCCAUCCACCAUCCAGGUACUUCAAAAGCUAGGGAAAGCCGAUGAAACAAAAGACGAACAAUUUGAAGAAUAUGUUCAAAACUUCAAACGACAAGAGGCGGAAGGUUCCAGGCUCCAGAGAGAGCUACGCGGAUAUUUAGCUGCCAUCAAAGGCAUGCAAGAGGCCUCUAAGAAGCUUACAGAGUCUCUUCAUGAAGUAUAUGAGCCCGAAUGGUAUGGCCGGGAAGAUGUGAAAAUGGUUGGAGAGAAAUGUGAUGUGCUCUGGGAAGACUUUCAUCAAAAGCUGGUGGAUGGAUCAUUGCUGACCCUGGACACAUACCUGGGACAGUUUCCUGAUAUCAAAACUCGCAUUGCAAAGCGAAGCAGAAAGCUGGUGGACUAUGACAGUGCAAGACAUCACUUGGAAGCCUUGCAGAGCUCAAAAAGAAGAGAUGAAAGCAGAAUUACAAAGGCAGAAGAAGAGUUUCAAAAAGCACAGAAAGUGUUUGAAGACUUUAAUAUUGAUUUACAAGAAGAGCUGCCAUCUCUAUGGUCAAGACGAGUUGGCUUCUACGUGAACACUUUCAAAAAUAUAUCCAGCCUUGAAGCCAAAUUUCACAAGGAAAUCGCUUUGCUAUGCCACAAACUGUAUGAGGUGAUAACCAAGUUAGGAGAUCAGCAUGCUGACAAGGCCUUUACCAUCCAAGGAGCACCCAGUGACUCAGGUCCACUCCGUAUUGCGAAAACACCAUCACCCCCUGAGGAGGCCUCUCCCCUGCCUAGCCCUUCAUCUAGUCCCAAUCAUACACUGGCACCUGUUUCAUCUCCUGCACCAGCUCGGCCUAAAUCACCUUCACAGUUGAGGAAAGGGCCUCCUGUCCCACCGAUGCCUAAACUCACACCCACAAAGGAGCUGCAGCAGGAGAACAUCAUCAGCUUCUUUGAGGACAACUUUGUACCAGAAAUCAGUGUGACGACUCCUUCACAGAAUGAAGCUCCUGAAGCUAAGAAAGAGGAAUGUUUGCUAGAUCUGGACUUUGACCCUUUCAAGCCAGAAGUGGUAUCAACAGGAAUAACCCUAACCCACUCACCCAUGUCUCAGACAUUGCCCUGGGAUUUAUGGACGACAAGCAGUGAACUGGUGCAGCCGGCAUCCAGCAGCACAUUUAAUGGAUUCACACAGGACACUUCUCUAUUCACAGUACAAUCAAAUCAGAAUGUGGUAGAUAACUUGAUUGAGGCGGAAGAAGCUCCAUCUUUGGAACCCCAGGCUGAAGAACCCCUCUCUCCCCCUGCUGCUGCGCCUGUUGCUGCUGCUGCUGCGCCUGUUGCUGCUGCUGCUGCCACUGCGCCUGUUGUUGCCGCUGUUCCUGAACAGGAAGCUCUGCCUGCUGAACCUAGUGAGCCAGCAAAGGAAGCUGUGCAGGAGACUGUCACAGCAGGUGAAAAGGAGGCAACUGGGAUUGCUGAGGAAGGGAGUGAGAUGGUAGCUGUAACUGAAGAUGCAGGUGCAGUUGAAAAUGUUGUUGUAACUGAAGCCAGUGAAGGUGCUGCUGCAGCUGAAACAGCUGAUGAAGGUGAUAAACCUAAAAUAGAAGAGAAGGAAGCAGAGGUGGCUCAGGAGAAAGUCAGCAGCAUCCCUUCACUAGUAAUAGAGCCAGCAUCAAACAACGAAGGGGAGGGAGAGGAACAUGAAGUCAUAGUGAAUGAAUCCGAAGAUGUUGUGGAAGACGUUGGCACUCAGGGCAUUGAAAGUGAUGCCAGUGAACCUUCCCAGGUUGUAAGUGAGCAGAAAACCAUUGAAGAAAUCCAAACUACAUCUUCUGAGGAACAGCCUGUGUCUGCGGAUGAUGCAGCCCAUGGAAUGCCACCUGGCUUUCUCUUUAAGGUUGAAGUGCUACAUGAUUUUGAGGCAGCUAAUACUGACGAGCUUAACUUAAAACGAGGAGAUACUGUGCUAGUAAUCCCUUCUGAGGCCACAGAUGACCAGGAGGCUGGCUGGAUGACAGGCAUUAAAGAAUCUGAUUGGCUGCAGUACAGAGAUGCAGUAACCUAUAAGGGACUUUUCCCAGAGAACUUCACAAAGCCCUUGGAGUAGUUCUCAGCUCAGGCAUAACAGUGUUAUAAGAAGCUCAGCCGGUAGGUUUUUAAAUCUCUUUGAAACACAGGAACCCACUUUUGUAGUUAAACUGCUAAUGGUUUACAGACUGGUGC